UGAAGAAUCAAAAAUAUUCGCAUAGAGAAAAUUUAUCAGUGGCUUCGUAUUCUUCGUUUUAUAUGAUAAAUGACUGAAAUAUUGUGCUGAAUGGCUGUGUAAGAAUGUCUUCGAGAUAAUAAGUGACAGGAACAUGUAAAUAGUGUCAGUAACAUCCAAAAUGUCAGAGAAGAUUCCAUCCAAUCAACCGCAACCUAUUGUUAAGAUAGGUCAUUAUACACUUGGACAAACUUUAGGUGUUGGGACAUUUGGUAAAGUAAAAAUUGGAGAACAUGUUUUAACAAACCAUAAAGUUGCUGUAAAAAUUCUGAAUCGUCAGAAAAUCAAGAGUCUAGAUGUGGUUGGAAAAAUUAGAAGAGAGAUACAAAAUCUCAAGCUUUUUAGACAUCCUCACAUCAUUAAAUUGUAUCAAGUUAUAAGCACACCUACAGACAUAUUCAUGAUUAUGGAAUAUGUGUCAGGUGGAGAAUUGUUUGACUACAUUGUGAAACAUGGAAAGCUUAAAGAAUAUGAAGCACGAAGAUUUUUCCAGCAGAUUAUUUCUGGAGUUGAUUAUUGUCACAGACACAUGAUAGUUCAUCGUGACUUAAAACCUGAAAAUCUUCUUUUAGAUCAGAAUCUACAUGUAAAAAUAGCAGAUUUCGGUUUAUCAAACAUGAUGAUGGAUGGAGAGUUCUUACGUACGUCCUGUGGUUCUCCAAACUAUGCAGCUCCAGAAGUAAUUUCAGGGAAACUGUAUGCGGGGCCUGAAGUUGAUAUCUGGUCUUGUGGAAUAAUAUUAUAUGCUUUACUUUGUGGUACCUUACCAUUCGACGAUGAACAUGUACCAACCCUCUUUCGUAAAAUCAAAUCUGGAGUUUUUCCUAUUCCGGAAUACCUGAAUAACACUGUAGUAAGUCUUUUGUGUCACAUGUUACAAGUGGAUCCUAUGAAAAGGGCAACCAUAGAAGAUAUCAAGAAACACGAAUGGUUCCAAAAGGAUUUACCUACAUAUUUGUUUCCUUCUCCUGUUGAGCAGGAUUCUUCUGUAAUAAAUAUAGAUGCAGUAAACGAAGUCUGUGAGAAAUUCAAUGUAAAGGAAGCAGAAGUUCAUUCUGCGUUGUUAGGUGGAGAUCCGCAUGACCAAUUGGCGAUUGCCUAUCACCUGAUAAUAGACAACAAAUUAAUCGCAGACGAGGCUGCUAAGGCAGAGUUAAAAGAUUUCUAUGUGGCUUCUAGCCCACCGCCCGUUGCUUUUAGUCCCAAUGAUGCCAAUAGUAGUCCCCUGAGGCCACAUCCGGAAAGAAUAGCACCAUUACGAGAACGACAGAGUUCUCAAGGUAGUACAUCAUCUCAGACACAAGGAAAUCGCGGUACUCCCGUGAAGCGAGCUAAAUGGCAUUUAGGAAUCCGUUCGCAGUCGAAACCUAAUGACAUCAUGAAUGAGGUUUAUCGUGCUAUGAAAGCUCUUAACUUUGAGUGGAAAAUCAUAAAUGCUUACAGCGUUAGAGUACGUCAGAAAAAUAAAAUAACCGAUAGAUAUAGCAAAAUGUCAUUGCAACUGUAUCAAGUUGAUUAUAAAAGUUAUUUGUUAGACUUCAAGUCCUUGUCCAGUGAAGAAGGGGAAGAAAUAGGGCGUGACCCAACGCUUCCACCGCCUCAAGCAACGGGUCAUCAUACGAUGGAAUUUUUUGAAAUGUGUGCAGCAUUAAUCACGCAGUUAGCUCGAUGAAUAUGCUCCACAAUAUGAAUCAUGAUUUUCCAGAAUCGUGCUAAGUAAACCCGACGUUGAGUUUUAUUUCUUGUUUUCAAUUACAACGCAUACCAUGCAGUUUUUAGGAUAAUGGGGUUGUUUAGAACAACAAAACAAAUGAAUAUCAAUUUCACAAAGGUAUUACGUACAAACAGAGAAGA